AUGAGUGUAUGGAAACAGCUUUAUAUGAGUGAUUGCGUUGUUCGUGAAUGGUGUCGAAAGUUUAAAGAUGUCCGAACUGAUGUGCAUGAUGAAGGGGGUCAAGGACGCAAGUCUGUCGCUACGGACGACAUUGUUCAACGAGUUGACCAAGCGGUUAAGCAAAAUCGAAGGUUCACCAUAAGUGAAUUAUCGAUGAAAUUUCCGGAAGUUUCAAGGUCUUCCUUGUACUCUAUCGUUACUGAACAGUUGCGCUACAGAAAAGUUUGCGCUCGGUGGGUCCCACAGAUGUUGACUGACGACCACAAAACUCACCGAAUGGUUGCAGCGUUUGAGUUUCUUGACCGUUACAAUUCUGAACGAGAAGAGUUUUUGAAAUCCAUUGUGACAGGCGAUGAGACAUGGGUUCAAUAUGACACGACCGAAACGAAACGACAAUCACAACUAUGGAUGCACACAAAUUCUCCAAAGAGACCCACAAAAUUCAAACGAACCUUUAACAACCGUAAGGUUAUGGCAACUGUUUUGUGGGACUAA